AUAAUCACAAACCUCUGUGCCCCUCUCUCUCUCUCUCUUAUCUUGCUGCGUGUCUUCUUCGUUCAGAUCUGCGUUGCUCUGCGUGCCGAGUGACUCGAAUUCGGAUCGCCCACUGUUCCUACAGUUCGAUCUUCUUAGGGAUUGGGAGAAAUGACUCCCCCGGAUCACAAAAAGCAAGGAGGAGGCGGUUUCUUCUCAUCGAUCGCCUCCAGUUUAUCCAAUUUCGGCAGCGCUAUGCACAAAUCAGUCAACGGUUUGUUGGGGUAUGAGGGCCUGCAAGUUAUAAAUCCCGAAGGUGGUACCGAAGAUGCAGAAGAGGAAGCACAGAGAGGAAGAUGGAAGCUGGAGGAUCGUGACAGUUAUUGGAAGAUGAUGCAAAAAUAUAUAGGCUCUGACAUCACAUCAAUGGUGACACUACCAGUUCUUAUUUUUGAACCAAUGUCAAUGGUUCAGAAAAUGGCAGAGCUGAUGGAAUAUUCCCACCUUUUGGAUUUGGCUGAUCAGUGUGAUGAUCCCUGCAUGCGAUUGGUGUAUGCUUCAUCCUUCUUUAUAUCAGUCUAUUAUGCCUUCCAAAGAACAUGGAAGCCAUUUAAUCCAAUACUUGGUGAAACUUAUGAAAUGGUCAAUCAUGGAGGCAUUACAUUUAUUUCAGAGCAGGUUAGCCAUCACCCUCCAAUAAGUGCUGGGCAUGCUGAAAAUGACCAUUUUAUUUAUGGUAUAACUUCAAAAGUGAAGACCAAAUUUCUCGGGAACUCACUUGAAAUCUAUCCUCUUGGAAGGACGAGGGUAACCCUGAAAAGAGAUGGUGUGGUUCUAGAUUUGGUGCCACCUGCAACAAAAGUUAACAAUCUGAUAUUUGGACGAACCUGGGUUGAUUCACCUGGUGAAAUGAUCUUGACAAACUUGACCACAGGGGACAAAGUUGUGCUGUAUUUUCAGCCAUGUGGUUGGUUUGGUGCUGGUCGCUAUGAAGUGGAUGGUUAUGUGUAUAAUGCGGCUGAAGAACCAAAGAUAUUGAUGACUGGGAAAUGGAAUGAGUCAAUGAGUUAUCAGCCUUGUGAUGUAGAAGGGGAACCCUUACCAGGCACUGAACUGAAAGAGGUAUGGAGACUUGCUGAAGUUCCUGAAAAUGACAGAUUUCAGUACACAUAUUUUGCGCACAAGAUAAAUAGCUUUGACACUGCACCUAAGAAGUUACUGGCAUCAGAUUCUCGUUUGCGUCCAGAUAGAUAUGCACUUGAGAAGGGUGACUUAUCCAAAGCUGGUUCAGAAAAGAGCAGCCUGGAGGAGAGACAGCGCGCCGAGAAGAGAAUGAGAGAGACAAGGGGUGAACAAUUUACUCCAAGAUGGUUCGAUCCAUCAACUGAAAUCGCCACUACACCAUGGGGUGACUUAGACAUUUAUGAGUACAACGGCAAAUACGAGGAGUAUCGCGCAGCUACGAGUAGUAGCUCCGACAGCAUUCAACAGACUGACUUCAGUUCAACAGAGUUCAAUCCUUGGCAGUAUCCAGACUUGGCCGCAGAAUGACAUGUACAUUAUGGUUGUUUGGGUUUGUGUUUUUGGAUAGCAAUUGGGUGUUUAUUUCUCUCCUUUCAGUGUGAGCUUGAGAAAUUUUUUACAUGUAGCUGCUGCAAGUUCGUUGUAUUCACAUCACAUCAUUCAAUCUGUUAUAAAUACCAAAUGAGCUUUUGAAA